AUGACCGACAUCCAGCCGCAAAUCAUCACCGAUCGACUCAUCAUCCGUCCGACCAACAUCGACGACUACGAUGACUGCUGCAAGCUCAUGGGCGACGCUGAUGUGAUGAAGUACAUUGGCGGCGAGAUUGUGGAUCCCGAGCACGUGUGGCUCAAGAUUCUGCACCGGAAGGGCCACUGGGACUACUUUGGCUACGGCUGCUUCACCAUCCGCGACAAGGUGACCAACGAGUUCUACGGCGAGAUUGGAAUCAGCCACUUCAAGCGGCCCAUUGCCGCGCCUUACAGCCCCCAGUUUGUCGAGGCGUCGUGGACCAUGGCGCCGUCGGCCCAGGGCAAGGGCAUUGGCAAGGAGGCGCUCUACGGUCUGGUCGAGUGGGACGAGAAGCACAACAUCACCAAGAGCGACUGGCUGGCCAUCAUUGAGCCGCCCAACAAGCGAUCGUCGGGCCUGGCCCAGAAGGUUGGCUUUGAGCUCGUGGCCGAGAACAAAAAGUGGAACGACAUCACCAUCAACCUGUGGGUCCGAAAGAACCCCAACAAGAACAAGUUUGAGUCUGCCGCCGUGGCCAAGUUGUAG